AUGAGUGGAAAAAGCGGCAGCAGCGGCAGUGGAGUAGGAAAGAGCAGUGGUAGUGGAGGAGGAAAGAGCAGUGGCGGAGGUGGAGGAGGAGGAGGUUAUAUGGUAGCGCCAGGUUCAAAAGGCAGUGCUUACAUCUCAAGAGGUGGAUUUGAGAGUAACCCUCAAGUGUACUUUAGUAACUUGCAUGGUAAUGGACAGAACAAGAAGUGA